CGGGCCGCUCCUCCAGGCUCGGCUCCGCUCGCCCCUCCCUCCGUGGUGCGUGGCCGUCGCCGGCUGCGCGGGGUCGCGCUCAGCGCACGAGUCCCUUCAGCGGCCGCCCCCGGCGCGGCUGAGCUACGAUGAGCCUGAGCCCCGGGGUCCCGGAGAGCAGUGAUGAUCACAAUGCUGUUUCAGAAGGAAAAGAUUGCCCUAGCCCCAACCUAGACAUAUCAAAGGACUCUAAGUCAGGAGAGGACAGCGUGUCGGAGAGCAGUUCUGAGAGUGAUUCUGAUAAUGGGGAGCCUAACCCAGAAACAACAAAUGGGGAUCUAGGAGAGUCUUCUGCUGAGGAAGCUUCUGCUCAGGCUGAGGAGUGGGAGGAGAAGGAGCUGCCCACGCAUUAUCUAAAUUCAGAAUUUAGUAAAAUCCAGUCUCAGUGUGAACACUGCAAUGCUGAAAAUAAGCACCAUGAGCAGGUGACUCCCAGGCUCCUUGCCCGGGGACAGUUUUUACUGAAGGUGGACUCAGAGGGAACAUACCAGUGCUCGGAAACUGGCCUGAUAUUCGAGGUUACCAGAAAAGUCGACAUCAAGUACUGCAUUUUGUCCUGGAGCAAAUACGCAGACCUGGUUGUGAAGCCCUGGGUGGUGGGAGGGCCCUUGUUUGAUGUGAAGUGUGACCCAGCCAGCCUCACCUCCAUCCAGUUUCCGCACUCCCUCUGCCUGGGGCGCCAUGAUACCAAUAUGACGUUCAAAGUCUUCCAUGUGAAGAGCUCUGGAGCCUCAUUAGAGUACACGGUGGACCAUUCUGCAACCCACGUGAAGUGGCGUGUGAGCUCACUUUCUCCCGUGGGGCCCGUCAUUCAGAGCGAAGAAGCUAUAUUCCACCAUGGAGCUGUGAUCCUCUACAAAGUCAUUGACCACAACCCAUCCUUGUCUUUUCGUGUGUACAUAGCAACCAAUAAUGAGUCCUUCAUCAAGGAUAUUUCCAAGUCUGUAAAGCACUCCUCUAAAAAAUUCAUGAAAAUUGACAAGCCUCCUGUUUGCCAGAAGUUGUUGCAGAAUGGAAGGAAAUACAGACUGAUCAGUGAGCCUGAAGCUGAGAUCACCCCUGAGGAAAUUGAAUUUGUGGAUGGCUCACUUUUAAAAUUGAAAAGUUACAUUGAAGUUUAUUUAGAGCAGCCAGUAGAAUUCAAGUUACUUCUGGUUGAAAUGGAUUCUGAGGAAAUUGUAUGGAAAGCGAAACUGAGAGAAUGUGACUGGGUCCAGCAUGACCAGAAUCGGAACAUCUCAAAAAGCUGCAUAAGUGGUAACAGACGCCGGAAAAUGAGCAGCAGUUUGGCUGAUGAGGAAGCCUAUGAUAAAAGGAUGAGACAGGUUGACACUUCAGAUGGCGUAAAGGCCAGAACGCUCCUCACGGAUGCUCAGCUGAUCACUCUGGCUGGGAAGCUGGGGAAGGACUGGAUCAAAAUCGCCAUUGCCAAUCUAGAGCUGGAGAUCAGUGACAUCGAUGCCAUCCGGGAAAAGAAAGAAGAGGUGACCAUCAGUAAGUUCAGGAUGCUGAAGAAGUGGCAGGAGAAGGAACAGAACAAUGCCACAGCUCAGCACUUAUAUAACUGCCUGAAGAACACCGUCUCAGCCGAUGCCCAGGAUGUGCUGAAAGGUUUCUUACAGGAAACGUGAAGUUUGGGAAAGAAGCUAAAACAAGGAAUCCUCUGGAACUUCUGUGUGAGGAGACUGAGCUGGCUCGGGUCUAGGUGUGAUGGAUGAGUGUGAAUGUGAUGAGAACGGACUCUGGUUGUUAGGCGGUCAUCUGGCCUCACAGCUCACUUCAUUCAGGGGCACCAGGAGUGAAAACCUUUGGAAACCUUUUUGGAAGAGAAAGCCUCUAGCAAGAUGAUUUCUUCUUUUUUUUUUUUAAACUUCGUGUUCAAACUCUCCCACCCCACCUCUCAAUCUAAACGGGUCUAAUUACAAAGGGUGCUUCACAUGACUCCACUCUGUCAGGUCCUUUUGGAGUCAAUGAACGGGAUCCAAGAGUUUAAAACAUUUUUCAGCAGCUGCAUGGUGCUGUCCUCCAACUUGCACCCAUUUAAUUUGCCUUCAUUCACAUUAUGAUGAAGAAAGGUUCUCAUGUUCCUGGGUGUAGUGUGUCUGAGGAUGUGAUUUUCAUGUCUUCCAUCACAGCCAAUGGUCUGUUAGCCUGGAGACCAAGCAUGCUUGAGUCCCACACAUGUGGAGAAGUGUAGCCAGGAGCCCCCAGUUCCAACUGUCUCCCCAAGUCACAGGCCUGACCCUACUUUUCUUAAGCUGAGGAGUGUUCAGGGUAGUCUGGCCAGGGACACCAACAACACUACUUUUGUUGAAUUUACCUGACAGCAUUUGCUUUCUUGGGGGGUAGAGAAUGCUACUGAAAACUUGUCUUAAUCAGGACUGAGGGAAACCCAGGGAGUGGGAUCUCUUUUUGAAGAAGACUUGACCCAGGGAAUGCAUUGGGCCACAUUGGCUCUUGUUGAUUGGUGUUUUUCUUUUUAAUAUAUUGUAUAUCCUGCCACUCUCCCAGCAUCGUGCCUUUGGUGAUUCACAUUUUGACUCUGCUUCAUUAACUUAUUUAGAGAAAAUAUAAAUUGCCAUUCUUUUUAGACAUCAGCUGGAGAGUAAAAUAAAUCAAUGAAUUGACCAGAGAAACACACGUUAUAAUUUUGUCUGUGAAGAACAAAUUCACUUUAUAGGGAAGAGCCUAUUUUUACAUGUCAGGGAUCCUGUGGAAUUCAAAAUCAGUGUCACUUUAUAUGAUUUUUUUUUAAUUGUGCUGUAUUUUAGGAAACACAUGGACUUUUUUUAAACAUUCAGUUGUAAAAUACUUACAGGACUUGAAUUUUUUAAUGCUUAUUAUUUUAUAUAAGUUGUUUUCUAAAGGGUAGUAUACUUUCAGAGGUGGUUUCCCAAUACAUUUCACCCUCUUUCAUGCUGUGGAUGAAAGGAAUAAAAAUAAACCUGCCUUCCUGUAA